UUCACCAAUGCUGCAUCUCUGUCAUCUCUCCCUGCUUUUUACAUUCACACUGUUGUUUUCUGUGAGACACCGAAAGCCCGUCUCAAUUUCCAGGCUUCUUCAUUUCCAUUUUUAGGUCUCAGUGCUUGACAGCAAGGUCUCGGGAACCAUCAUGGCUUCUCCAGCUUCUGAUGGACAUAUCCAAGAAAAAGGACUUAGCACCUGAGUCGUGUGCUGUCUUAAUACAUCAUGGGGUUAGAUGUACGACUUGAAGUCAGGAUGUCUUUGAAAAGUGGGCAUCUCCUCACACUCUUCUUCUUUAUACUGUCCGUCACAGGAAUUCAAGACAGAAGAAGGCUAAACCCAUUAGAGACUCUUGAUGCUAGCAGCUUAAACCAAAACGCACCAAAGCAGAAUUCAGGGGUCAGAACUAUAUUUGAAAUGGAAAAGCAUCGCGUCAGGAGGUCAGAUUUCUUCCACUCGGAGGUGAAAGUAUGUCCACAGGAGACAAUGAGAGAGGUCAUAGCCAGCCAUCGAACCUUCUACACACUGAGAGUUUGCCAGGAGGCUGUAUGGGAGGCUUUUCGGAUCUUUUUGGACAGAAUUCCCAGCAACUUGGAGUACCAGACAUGGGUCCACACAUGCCAGCACAACUCCCUGUGCAUCUCAGAUCUCGCCAUGAAUUUCAGCCAUUCGCAGGAACACGUAGACAUGGUCUACAUGAGGUUGAAUAAGAAUAGCGAGACAUUAGAACGAAAUGCAAGUGAAGAGCCAGCAACCAUUGAAACACAAGAAACGGAAGGUUCAGAGGAAGUCCUGACUGAAGCAGCAGUACAUGAAUUUGUUCCCACAGCUGAAUCUACAACUAUCCACACUACAAGAGACACCUCUACUGCCUCACAGGAGUUGGAUCUUCACAAUGUGGUUCCAGAGCAGCUAGUACAUCAUGUCAUAGAGUUCAGCGUUACACUGUUGGAUCACGGGUAUCAAGAGAUAGUGAGAGUUGGCGAUUCACCUCAGUACCAUGACCUGUCACAGCAUCUUCAAGAUCAGAUGCAACAUGUUUUCAAAGACCUUCCUGGAUUUAUGGAUGUCCACUUGUUAAGAAUUAGCGAGGCGGAAAAGCCUGAAGGGGCUGGAGGAAUAUCAGCAGUCUACUCGGCAGUUUUUGAGACUAUUGUACCAACCGUUGCUCAUGAAAGUCUUGGCACGGUUGUUUCAUCUACAGGACCAAGUUUGAAGGACAUGAUAGUUAAAGCACUGAGCAAAAAGACCUCUCUUCUUGAUCUUAAUUCACUGACAUUUGAGACAGGCAAAGACCAACCCUCAACCAGAACGCCUGUCACUGAGGUUUCUGAAGACAUAAUAACUGAGUCCUCUGAUCGAGAUUCAUAUGGUGACCUCAGUUUUCCAACAAAAGAAACCUUGGUUGAAGUUCCUCUUUCCUCAGAUGGCGAUGAGAAUGUUUUGGAGACCAUUUUACACACAACUGUAGACACAGACAGCACCACAACAACAAAAUCAACAGUUGAACCUGAGCAUGAGGCAGUCAUUAUUCACCAGCUUGAAACUAUUAAAGGGGAAACUGGUGAGCUCAUAAAGGAAACUUUUCAAGUUCCACCAGUAGAGGAAGCUCCUGCUGAUGAUGACACCAAACCAGUUGUUAUUGUUGAUGAAGACAACAAUCUAGCUCCAACAUCUUCAGCUGCUAUCUCAGCAUUACCCUCGAGUGGACAACAGUCUAGAACUACAGAGAAACCUACACCUGAGAGUGACUUUAGUCUAAACACAAUACCAGAAGAUGACAUCAUGUUUAACCCAGUAACCACCACACCCAAUUUGUUCACAACCGCUACAACUGUAAGUCUUAGGUCUGAACAACCAAAGUUGGCUGUCACGACCGACUUCACCAUCACCCUACAACCUUCAACUGAACCAAUUGAUCCAAUAACUGAAGUUACAGAUUCUAAUGAAAUUCCAGAGGUGCCUCACACAGUAAUUGUACUAAAGGAGGAAGAUACCAAAAUGGUGAUGGCUGAACCAGUGGAAGAAUCUAAGUCUGAAGUUGAUUUACCCGAGGUAAAGGUUGUGACAACAGAAACUGUGAAAGUAAUUGAAGAUACUGUUGUUUUAGAAGAUCAGGUAUUCCGACCUGAAGUGACUAUGAUAACAGAAUCUCACACAGAGUAUAGCACAUUAGUACCUGUGAUAACGACUGUGGCACCAGAACCAGAAGAAGAUUGGAUUGGAAAAACAACUAAACAGGAUGAAGUAGCAGAACGAGAGGGAAACGUUUUAGAGGAAGAAACAGAGGUCCUUAUAAAAUCAAAAGAUGUUGAAGAACAUAAAACUGAUGAGGAGAUUAAUGUGAGAGAAGAGGAGGAUGUUCAGGUAACUAGGAACCCAGGAACUGAGGCAGUACAACCCAAAGAGGAACCUCGUUUAACAGAACUUGAAGAAGAGGGUGAGGUGGUGGAAGAAGAGGGUGAGGUGGUGGAAGAAGCAGGUGAGGUGGUGGAAGACAAGGGUGAGGUGGUGAAAGAAGCGGGCGAGGUGGUGGAAGAAGCGGGUGAGGUGGUGGAAGACAAGGGUGAGGUGGUGAAAGAAGCGGGCGAGGUGGUGGAAGAAGCGGGCGAGGUGGUGAAAGAAGCGGGCGAGGUGGUGGAAGAAGCGGGCGAGGUGGUGGAAGACAAGGGUGAGGUGGUGAAAGAAGUGGGCGAGGUGGUGGAAGAAGCGGGCGAGGUGGUGGAAGACAAGGGUGAGGUGGUGAAAGAAGCGGGCGAGGUGGUGGAAGAAGCGGGCGAGGUGGUGGAAGAAGCGGGUGAGGUGGUGAAAGAAGCGGGCGAGGUGGUGGAAGAAGCGGGCGAGGUGGUGGAAGAAGCGGGCGAGGUGGUGGAAGAAGAGGGUGAGGUGGUGGAAGAAGAGGGUGAGGUGGUGGAAGAAGCGGGUGAGGUGGUGGAAGAAGCAGGUGAGGUGGUGGAAGAAGAGGGUGAGGUGGUGGAACCCGAGAGAGAAGCUGAUGAAUCAAAGGCUUCUGAUGUGGUGGAAUAUGAGGAAGGCAUCAAAACCGAAGAGCCUGAUGUGGAUGUGGCAAGUGAAGUCCCCAAACCCACUGAAGGUUCAACAGAACCUCCUGCACAGAUGAUUAAGAUUAUACCCAAAGAGAUUUCUGUGACGGAAAUUUACUUUAAGAACACUGACUAUUACCAACCUGUAAGUGAUAAUUUGCCCUUUGUGCCAGUUGACAGUGUUCAACCAGAAAUGGACAUUGGUAAGCCUGAAUAUGUGGAAGACUUUGGGCUUGAGGAUCCAAACUCCAAAACUGAGGUUAUUGAGGGAGUUCUUGAGAUACCAGAUAUGGUUAUAGAGGACACCACCACACAACCAGAAGUGGCUGAUGUUCACCCUACUGUAUCAACUGCCUCAGAAUCUCUAUCUGAAAUGGUCACAGAAUCAGCUUCGAAGAAAGAUGAGGACCAUCUACCAUCUGUUGUUGGCGAUACUGAGGAGCCACAGCUCACGGAUAUAGAGGAAGACACUAAGACAGAGGUUGUCCUUAUAGAACAAGAGGAAGAAAAUGCAUCACUGCCCAUUGAUAUACUUGCAACUGAUACACCUUGGACAACUGCACCUGCAGGCCAUGAUCUUUUUGAAGUAGUCCUAACGGAUGUAUCGAUCGUUACUCCGACAUCUUUGGAACAGGAUUAUGAUUCGCCAACUGAAAAUGGACAAUCAACUGUUGUCCAGGACGUUGACGUUAUAUCCAAAAAUGACGAAACUGAGGACCCAUUUAGUAAUUUAAAAGACCUAGCCACAGAGUUAGACCAAAUAGAUGUAGUAAGUACUGAGACCAUUGACCUCUUGAGUUAUGACAAUGGAUAUUCUUUUCCAAAUGAAGGAUAUCCCUUGGAGACAACAAAAGUGCCAUCACUAACGUACUUCACAACCCCCUCAGUGACCACAGCGAGCAAAGGCAAAGAACUGAUUGUGUUUUUCAGUUUGCGUGUCACAAACAUGAUGUUCUCUGAAGAUCUUUUCAAUAAGAGCUCUACAGAAUACCGAUCAUUGGAAAACAGAUUUGUUGAACUGCUACUUCCAUAUCUACAGUCUAACCUAACAGGCUUUAAGCAGUUAGAGAUCCUUAACUUCAGAAAUGGAAGUGUGGUGGUCAACAGCAAGGUGAAAUUUGCCAAGUCUGUGCCGUACAACAUUACUCAGGCUGUCCAGCAUGUCUUGGAGGAUUUUUGUGAUGCUGCAGCCCAGCGUUUGGACAUAGAGAUUGACAGCCAUUCCCUAGACAUAGAACCAGCUGAUCAAGGAGACCCUUGCAAAUUUCUUGCCUGCAACGAGUUUUCGAAGUGCGUGGUGAACCUCUGGACAAAGGAAGCACAAUGUUUAUGUGACCCAGGCUACGUAACGGUGGAAGGACUGCCAUGUCAGAGCCUCUGUGUGGUUCAGCCUGAUUUCUGUCUCAAUGGAGGAGAGUGUGAGAUUGUACCAGGGCAUGGUGCCGCUUGCAGAUGUCCUGUAGGUAAAUUCUGGCAAUUUAUCGGGGAGAGAUGUGGAGAGCUGGUCUCCGUGUCAGUAGACCCCUUUCUUUCCCUAGUGUGCCUCGCGGGGGUGCUCGCCUUUCUUUAUGCCAUCAUUUCUCUCUUGUUAUCUAUGUGCAGGAUAUGUGUACGGACCAGAAAGACACUAACUCUAGUAGGCCGAGACCAGACCACCAUUCCAGGCCUGACGAGUUAAUCACAGAUGAUCUCCACAUUAUGAUACUGUCACUGAGAAGUGGGACGUGUCAUGCUGUCUUCCAAUGGUGCUUGUCCAGCCAUUAAAAGACGUUUAAAAAGACAUCCCAUGAUCCCACAACUCGUGAAGAUUGUAGAAUGAGUGGCCAAACAUCCUGAACAGAUGGAUAGCCAAGUUGAGUUGCUAUUAACAUGUUAUAAGUCGUUCUCAUGAGAACGUUAAGAAACGCAAAUGGAUUUCAGGUAGAGUGUUUUCACAAGGCAGAAAUGAUUAAGAGUUUCCUCACAAUGAGGAAAUUGUUUUUGUCUGAUCAUGAAAAAUACACGGUUAAAAUGUUCUCAUAGUUUGGAACAUAAUUGUUUUGAUGUGUAAUAACUAUAAAUGGUCUUACAUGCAUAGUGAAUACAUUUUCUUUUUUGUCUUUUAGAAUGGUUGUCUUGAGAAAAAGAGAACUUUGUUGCAAACAUUCUUUGAUUGAAUAUUAAAUAGCACCAAACAUAAAAUAAAGAGUGCUGCAAAAAAUUA